AUGGCUGCCUUCGAGAGUUGGGUUAGCAACCCGGACGAGAGCCAUGGACCGCUUAUGUCGGUCGUCACUUGGUCGCUGGUCUCCGUCGCUGCUGCCUUCUUGAUCCCUCGGCUUUGUAUUCGCCAGCGUCGCGGGAAGUUGUGGCUUGAUGAUUGCACACUUGUCGUCAGCUGGAUCUUACUGCUGAUCCAAGUCUCCAUCAACCAAGUAUCUAUCAACUUAGGCUAUGGAAGACAUACACUUGACCUCGACUUGCGGAAUCUUGAUACAUUGAUGUAUAUUGGCGGGGCGGAACUGACGAUAUAUACCAUCGCUAUAGCCCUGAGCAAGAUCUCUUUCGGACUUACUUUGCUUCGGCUGACGGAUGGAUGGGUCAGACUCUACGUCUACUUUGCCAUCUGUACCCUGGCAAUAUUUGCAGUCCCUGCUACUAUUAUGCCAUGGGUGCAAUGCAAACCACUAGUCAAAACAUUUGUCGACUUCAUACCGGGCGAGUGCAUCGACAAGCACCCCUCUGUUGUGUAUGGGCGUUUCCAAGCUGUGUGGUCGGCACUUAUGGAUGUGUCUCUUGCUAUGUUGCCGUGGAAAAUCCUUUCGAGCCUGCAAAUGCGCACCGCAGAGAAGAUCGGUGUAUGUGUCGCCAUGAGUCUGGGAGUGCUAGCCGGAGUUACAUCAAUUAUCAGAUCUACAUACAUUGAGGAAUUGACAGUACAGGAUGUAUCAUAUGAAUCCUACAAACCCAUUAUAUGGGCAGUCGCGGAAUGCUCCAUGGCCAUCGUCGCUACCUCAAUUCCAGUACUUCGCGUCGUUUUCAAGCAUGCGCUCAACUCUGCGAUCGAAGGCAAAUCACGCUCCUACCCUUCCAACGCUGCGAGCUCGGGAAACCGAAUGAGAACACGACAAUCAAGCAGGAAGACGCCCGAGAUGACGGCCAGUGGAGAAUGCGGAGAAUCUGUCGAGGAAGUAUUUGGACGUCGAUCGAAUGAAUCAGAGAACUAUGUGGAGAUGGAUGAUCUGGCAGUCGACGAGGAGACUGGGCGUGUCACUACUUCGUCUCCAGAACCUCUGCCAGACCAUGCCAAGCGCCAUGUACCAAACUGGCCCGUAUGA